UAGGGAUGUCGGGAUAACACUGCACUCCACAGCACAGACUCUCUCCAAAGGCUGCUCUGUCUUCGAUUGACUCCAGCUCACAGCCACCCUGUGCCAUGAGUGACCACGCAGGGCUGGUGAGCCACCUGCGGGCAGCCUGGCUCUCAGGGAGGACACGGCCCUUGGAAUACCGUACAGCCCAGCUGGAGGCCCUGGGCCGAUUCCUGGAGGAGAAGAAGCAGGACAUCCUGGAGGCCACUGCCUUGGACAUGCGCAAGCCAUCCUUCGAAGUGGAACUCUCUGAGAUAUCCAUCUGCAGGAGUGAGCUCAACCACACGCUAAACAACCUGGGUGCCUGGAUGAAGGACGAGAACGUGGACAAGAAUUGGGCAACACAGCUGGACUCGGCCUUCAUCCACAAGGACCCCUAUGGGGUAGUGCUCAUCAUCGGGCCCUGGAACUACCCCAUCAACCUCCUCCUAGUGCCCCUCAUUGGGGCCAUCGCUGCUGGUAACUGUGUUGUACUGAAACCCUCCGAAAUCAGCAGGAACAUGGAGAGGCUGGUGGCCGAGGCAUUGCCCAGCUACCUUGACAAGGACUGCUUUGCUGUGGUAACUGCCGGAGUGGAGGAGACCACCAGGCUGCUGGAGAACAAGUUUGACUACAUCUUCUUCACUGGCAGCCCCUCAGUGGGCAGGAUCAUAAUGACGGCUGCUGCCAAGCACCUGACACCAGUGACGCUGGAGCUGGGGGGCAAGAACCCCUGCUACGUGUCUGACAACUGCAAUGUGCAGAACGUGGCCCGGCGGGUGGCCUGGGGACGCUUCUUCAAUGCGGGGCAGACCUGUGUUGCGCCUGACUACGUCCUGUGCAGCGUGGAGAUGCGGGAGAGGCUGGUGCCUGCUCUGCGUGAGGCCAUCGCAGAGUUCUACGGCCCCGAACCCCGCAAUUCCCCUGACUUUGCCCGCAUCGUGGGAGACAAACAGUUCCAGCGAGUGCAGGCGCUGCUGCGCAGCGGGCGUGUGGCCAUCGGGGGACAGACGGACGAGAAGGAGCGCUACAUCGCCCCCACAGUGCUGGUGGACGUCCAGGAGAAUGACCCAGUGAUGCGGGAAGAGAUCUUUGGCCCUGUGUUGCCCAUUUUGACAGUGACCAGUGAGGAGGAUGCCAUCACCUUCAUCAAUGCCCGGGAACGGCCACUGACACUCUAUGUCUUCUCAUCCAGCACAAAGGUGGUUCGUCAGCUGCUGGAGCGGACAAGCAGUGGUGGCUUCUGUGCCAAUGACACCAUCAUGCACAUGACACUGACUUCACUGCCUUUUGGUGGCAUCGGGCUAAGCGGCAUGGGCCGCUACCACGGCCGUUUCACCUUCGAGACCUUCUCGCACCUCCGCUCGGUCCUGCUCCGUGCCGACGGCCGGGAGGCGCUGAACAACCUCCGCUACCCGCCGUACGCCCCGCGCCGCCUGCCGCUACUCCGCACCACCGUGGAGAGCCGCCGCCGCACCGUCGCCUGCACGCUGCUUUGAGCGCCGUCUCAAUAAACGC